UAAGCUUGGUCAUAAGCUUCCAAAGUAGGUAUGGAUUUGAACAAUGGAAGCCUGAGUUGACAGCACCCCACUUCCCCGGAAUAGGGAGCGAGGUCGGCGAUACCCCUCCGAGACCCACUGCAUCGGGGUCACCGGCCCGUGACGAUGCUCAAUGCAGGUCGCCGACCCCAAGUGGGUGGAUUAUGCUAUCACGGACACCGCGAAUACUUAAUCCCAGGUGAGCUCGUAGACCAGCCCUUAUCACAUUGGUCAACAUCCAGAAAGACUAUCUCAAACAUUGUCUUGACUUCAAGCUUCGUAUCAACCCAUACACCUACAUACACACUGUCGCCUCUUGAACUUGAUACCCUCACCGGUACCUCUCUUUCAACACACCCUUCAUUACUUUCGCCCACAAUGUGCUUCGGAGUCACCUGCUCGACUUGCUGUAAGACGAUUAAACCAACCCCACCACAAUUAUCAAAUCAUUGCAAACUAACGGCAUCCAAUAGCAAAGGCAACCUGGCGCGGCUGCGGCCAACACAUCCCGUCGGCGCUGAGCAGCGUCCCCGAGGACCAGUGGUGCACCUGCACGCCAAAGGUCACCGUCAACGGCAAGGAGUAUCCCCCGGCAGGCACUGUGUCGAUUCCCGGUAUGUCUUGGUUGACCAGCUUGUUCGGGGGCAAUUCGAAUGACAAGUCGAAGCAGGGCACUAAGGGAGAGCUGUGAGAAAUGGGAGAACCUGCACUUUUAUUUGGAGGUUUGCUUUGGCGGGGAGGUUGAACCUGGUGUACUAGUACGAGUUGACACUUGGCGAGGCGUUGAGGGUGGUGCGUGAGAUGAGCGGCGGCGGCGUAGAAAAACAUGAGUUGAAAUCAAAGAUAUGAUCCCGUACCAAGUUCCGGCUUCAUGAGAAUAUGAGGCCCUCCCAAGUCCCAACUCAUCCAGAUCGAGCCUUUCAUCACCGGCUGUCAAGUUACCUCAAGGUAUGGAGGGGUAAUCGAUGUUGAUGCCCUGCCCCUCACGUCUCAUUUGGGGUCCCUCAGUG